CGAAACUCGCGCUCCACAGACUCAAUAGCCCAGAGAGAGACUCCACGUGGUGUGUCGUGGUGGAAGUCAUCGCGAGUCGUGUGCGCACCACAUUCUCUUCUUCUUUCUUCUUUCUUCUUCUUUCUUCUUUCUUCCUUCCUUCCUCCCCCUCCUUUCUCCCGUUACACGAGAAAAGGUGUAUUCGAUCGUUUUCAAAUCGCGCGUUUCUCUCGUCGAAAACCGUUGCUCGAUUUGCACCGGUUUCCCAAUUUUGAACAAGCUCGAUAAAACCGAUAUAAGCUGGGUCGAUAAGGCCGUCCGCUCCAUUGUCUUCUCUUCGUUUCGAAAGAUCCUCCUUUGUCUUUUGGACAAAGAGGGGCGAGGGGGCGAGGGAGGGUGUAACACGCGCGAGUCGGGCGGGAUGGUGGCCGGGCACCGAUGAGAGAGACAGAUUGCACGAAGAUUGUCGAACUCGUCCUUGUUCGUGGGGAGAAGCGAGGGCGCUAGAAUCGAAGGAGAAGGAGGUGUGUGCGUGUGGUGCGCGGGAACGUGUGAGUUUAUAUAUAUAUAUAUAUAUAUCGAGAGAAGGAUGGGCAAGGGUUGGAAAGGCGCGAAAGAUUUCGUCGGCCUCGAAGAGGUGACGAAGGUCGAGUUUUUGGUGAUGCUGUUGGCCGAAACCCUGGGAACCUUUCUUCUCGUGCUGAUCGGAUGUGCAUCCUGCAUCACGUGGACGGCCGACAAUCCUCCAACCGUGGUUCACAUAGCGUUCACGUUUGGCCUAGCGGUCGCCAGCCUAGCUCACGUGUUGGGCCCGGUCUCGGGAUGUCACGUGAAUCCAGCUGUAUCGGUGGGCCUUUUGGUGAGCGGAAACUGCAGCUUUCUAAAGACGGUGUGCUACAUUGUUUGCCAGUGUUGUGGUGCAAUCGCGGGUUCGGGAGUUUUGAAGUUAUUGAUCCCUAAAGAAGCGAUCGGCCAGGGUCUAGGCGCCACGGGGCUGGGCGAAAAAGUGAGCGAAAGCCAAGGCAUCUUCAUGGAAGCGAUAAUCACGUUCCUCCUCCUUCUGGUUGUCCACGCGGUCACGGACCCGAAGAGGACCGACACGAAGGGUUGGGCACCGUUGGCCAUCGGGUUGACCAUCACCGUUUCCCACAUGGCAGCUGUACCCGUGACGGGGAGCAGCAUGAAUCCCGCGAGAACGUUGGGUCCCGCUGUCAUACUCGGCGAGUGGAAGGAUCUUUGGGUGUAUUGGAUCGGGCCGAUAAUCGGCGCAUGCGCCGCCGGUGUAUUGUACAAGAUGGCGUUCAGGCGUAAGAAGGAGGACGACGAAGCUUCCUACGAUUUUUAAAAUUUUUACCGACCAAUAGAAUUUUGUAAAUAUCGCGACGAUAUGCGUUGAUUAUUAUUAUUAUUCUCUCUUUUCUUUUUUUUUUUUUCUUCGAAAUUAACGAUGAGAUGAUAGAUAGUUUCGUAACGAGUGAAAUUGUUUUGAAUUGGAUAGGUUAUGUCGAGUGUUUCGGUUUAAAAAGAAGAAAAAAAAAAACUCUCGUAUCCUUUAUACGUGUAAUGGUGCUCGUAACUGACAAGACAGGGUAUAUUUUAUAUACACGUUUCGCUUAUUUGCAUACGUCCGUGAAAAAAUGAGAAGAGGAAACAAGUCAAUUAAGAUUUAACGACGAUUUGAAUUAUGGAAACGCGGGUUAAUUAAUUCAAGGAAAUAGUUAUACCUGAUCGCGUUUGAUCUUUCACUUUCUCUCUCUCUCUCUCUCCUAUUUGAAACGGGAGAAACGUUUAAAUCUUGUUAAGUAUAGAACUUUGUUAUUGUUACUGAUAUGAUUAAUUAACGAUGAAACUGUUUAAUAUCCAUUAUAUGUUCUAUUAGAUUAAUAAGAAAUUAAUUAACAUAAAUAUUGAUAUAUAAAAAUUAAUAUAUAUUUAUUAUAUAUAAUUUGUAAGAUUUGUAAUAUUAAUCGAUACUCGUAAUAAUUAUUGAAUUGCGAUUUCAUUCGAUCAAAUAAUCUCACGAGAAAAAUAUUAUCACACUUAUAUUAUAUACAUUUCGAUAUUUUGUACCUUGUUUAAGUUUUGUAUAUACUGUACUUAAAUUAUAUAUAUAGCUUGUAAGAUUCCACGUAUAAAUAUAUGUGUUUAUAUUGCACGCUAUAUAUAUAUAUAUAUAUAUGUGUGUGUGUACAUAAAUUAUUCUUUUCUCAGACAUAUAAAAUGAUUCUGGUUAAUAAAUUAUUUAACGAUCUA